AAUUGGUUUCACAGUCAUGUUUCUUCGUAAUUUUUCAGAAAACGAAGAGCAGCAUUUCUCGCCCUCACCUGCUUCUGGCUGCUUGGGACAGUUUGCGUCACCCUGAUGGUGCUUGCCUUAUUUCAUUCUCGACUGCAUCCAUCCUGGAAGGGCAGUGCAGGUGACAACUCAGCCGAAGUGGAUCGAAAGGAAGAUAGCCUCGGUGUCAUUCCUCCGGAAAAUAAGUUGGACGAGGAAAUAAGACACACACCUUCCACUACACGUCAUGCCAUGCAAGGGCCCGACGACGCUGAUACAGCAGCUCAGUUGAAGGCGAACGUACUGGCGUGUUCUACAAAUGAUCCUUCAAAGAUACACGACUUCACCGAUGGAUUGUGCGACUUCAUCUUCUACACGACUGAGAAGAGCUACGUGAACACGAGGCCCGGCCUACCGUUUCGCGAAGACGAUUUCUUAGUGCAUCAUCUACGCAUAAAAGCAGCUUCCUCGACCUCUACAGCAUUUGGCAUUGAUGUGACAGCUGAGUUUCGACAACAGUCGUUGAACGACCUUCAAACCCCAGAGGGAAAACAUGUCGUGGAAGGAAACUGGAAGUCCAAAGUUCGCAGCUACGCAGCCCUUGAUGUGAGAGUGAGUCGCGAGGAAGAGUCCAACACUCACAUCGUUAUCAAGUUUUUGAAGAAACUAAAGGCCAUGCAGGCCGUUCUUACAAAAGACGCGGACAUUGGCUAUAUCUUUCUAGGCGUCAUCAUUGAGAGCAUGAACGGAUCUGCUCGAGAUGCACUAUCAUCGCAGCAGCGAUUCCAGCGGAAUGAAUCGAACGAAGAUGAAAGGCACCAUUUCUUCAACAAGAUACUGAGGGAAGUAGAGCCCCAUGCAGUAGUGUUCGUGACCACAUAUCGAAAGUACUACGCCGGGGCAGAAGAUUCAAUCAGCAGGUACGGCAGUGUCCUCCCCUUCACAACACCAUCUGUUUGGAAUACAUCGGCAGUCAGCGAGCAGCCGACAUUCGUGGACACACUGGCGUUCUGGUCUGCUCUCGAUAACGUCCCAGGAGUACCAGUGAUGUUUUCCUUCAGCGUCGCCGGGCGCGUCUGCAGACCUCUGAACGUUCAGAAACUGUGGACGGGAAAUAACGUUACAGGACUCUGCACAACGACGUCUCCGGGCUUCAUUACGGACUACCAGAUAUGUGAAAAUAGCAAUAUACACAGUGGAACGUUGGACGGAUACAAUGUGCAAGAGUCUUUAUGGAACCAUGCAGCUGGGACCCUUAUUGGCUACGACAGCAACAUAACCAUGAAAAAGAAGAUGUGCAGCGUCUUCGCCGACUAUGGCUUCCGCGGUGGUUGGAUGCUCUACGACAUCGAAUUUAUGGAAAAAAUCCCGCCGUGUGACAUCAUGGUUGAGAAAAGUGAAAGCUACUAUCCCGUACAUUUUGUGAAGCGGAUCCUGAAGGGACUACACACAGAUUGUGCCCAGCUUCCCAUAUAGCUCUCAAUCGGCGCAUUAUUACCUGUAAGAUCAAUACAUAAGAUCAAUAAGAUCAAUACAGUAACGUAU